AUGACAAUACUCUCGGUAGUGGGAGGCAAGGGUCCCGGCCCGAUCGAAGGGGAAGAACCAGAACGAGUGUCGAGAUCCCUUCAUCAAAAUGCGCUAACAGCGGAAGAAUUAGGUUUCUUCAAUGAAGUAAAAAAUUUCUUAGGCAGUAGCGUCAAUGAACAAAUGCUCGUGCAGGCGAUCAAGAGUCAUGGGUCUCAUACGCAACCACAUUUAAGUGGUAAUAACGUUUUGAACGAUGUCAUCAGUCUUUAUUUUGAUCGGAUGGAGUCAGUUGAGAAGCCAAAUAAGCAAGUCCGAUUUGACGAGCAUUUGGAUGUUCCUGCUCCAGCUCCAUCAAUUAGCCAUCCGUUCUCUUUUAAUACACGUGGUACAACGAUGGAGGAACCGAAAGUAAUCGAUCUUGCAUCAGAUGAAGAUAAAGGUGUUCAGAAAUGGGGAAGUGUACCACGGAGUGUGCUAGGAAAUCGAGAAGAGCAGGAUGUUAUCAAAGCUAUUGAAGAAUCUUUAAAAGACAACCAGAACAUUUCUGGUUUCUCUCCUUUUGCACAGAGGGAUCCAGAAAAUCCAUAUGAAAGGCGACGAUGCGGUUUAGCACCUGUGGGGUUGAAAAAUAUAGGCAACAGUUGUUGGUUCAACGUUAUUGUGCAAACACUGUUUCACAUACCACGUUUUCGCCAAAUGUUGUUUGAUACACCAAUCAAAAAUAGGACGAAAUAUAUCACCGGCAAAUCAAAUCCUUGGGGGAAUGAAUCAAAUCAACUUAAUGAGACUAACAUGGAUGCGUUAACAACUUCGCUUUUAAUAUCUCUUCGUCAGCUAGCUGCCUGUCUUAAAGCGUCAUCACGCGCAUAUGUUGAUCCAACAAAUGUGUUAAAGAUAAUUAGUGAAUUGAAUACAAGUUUGAAUAAAGCUGCUCCCUGCAUAGGUAUUCAACAGGAUGCUACCGAAAUGCUUUUGCGACUGAUCGAGUGGCUUGAAGUAUCCUUCAGAUUUGAUUCAGGAGCAGAAGUGCAGUCUUCUUGCCCAUCGGCUUCCGGCGUUUCGUGUGGCGAAAUUAUGGAUAUUAAUGAUGAAAAUAUGGUGCCGAGUGGUUCUAGCUCUGAGCAAACAUUGACGCCAGCCGGUGAGGCGUCUUUUGAUAAAUUAACCAGUGAUGAUCUCAAUUCAAAUUCUGCUCCGGAACAUCCAUUUAAUACUCUUUUUCAUGGCUCACAUGUUGAAAUUCGACCUAACGCUGAAACCUCAGUCGGAGUUUCAUCACCUUUGAAGUUAGCGAACUCACUACAAAUGAUCAAUUUGGAUAUCACUUAUGAUAACUUAUACGACUCAUUAGAGGCAUAUCAUCUUUCUGAUGCACCGGCGAAAGAGUUAUGGUUUGAGUCGUUGCCGCCUGUAGUCAUCUUUUCACUGGUUCGGUUUAGUUAUAAAAAUGGUCAAACAGAAAAAGUUCACAGUCAAUUUCAAUUUCCUCGUGUUAUAUACAUGGAUCGUUAUUUGCAUCGAAAUCGUCCAUUUGUGAGUGAGAAACGGAUUGAACGUAAAUCUUUAAAGAAACGGCUUGCACAUAUCAAGUGUGAAUUAGAAGGGUGGGAGAAGUUUCCAGCCGGAGACACGAAAGUACCGCUUCCAUGUUUGAUAGAUGCUGUUGUCAAAUACGCAUCGUCGGCGACAAAUGGAAACAUCUCUGUCAACUGUGACACUUGCAAGCAACAGGCGAUGGAAGUUAGUGACGAAACUCCAUCACUUUCGGUAGUUGUAUCUGAUUCUUCAAAUCCUCAUGUAGGAUCAUGCUAUUUAGAAGACGCAAAUGUAAUGUUAGCGUGUCCUUGUCUUGAUAAAACGAUAGUCCCGGCAGAUGUUGAUAUCAGUGCAGUGACAAAUUUCUUGCAAAUGCUUUCUGCGAAUGCACAAAAGCGAAUCGACGAAUUACAAAAAGAGGCAAAUACACUGCAAGAAAAUAUUGAUUCGAUUUUUGAUGUCGAUGGCAUGAGGGAGGAACCAUAUCAUUUGCACAGCGUUAUUGUCCAUGAGGGUGAAGCAAAUGUUGGACAUUACUGGGCCUAUAUAGCUAGUUCCCCGAUAUGCAAUGCCCAAGACAAAGAAGUGCCAUGGCGUAAAUUUAAUGAUAAAAGUGUUGAGCCUGCAACUUGGCAGCAAAUUGAAGAAGAUUCAUUUGGUUCGAGGAGGGCUUGCUCCGCAUAUUGCUUAGUUUACACGAGAAAGAAAUGUGACAACAUACUCUAUGGACAAGAACAAAAGCAGCCAGCUCAAUCAAUCGUUGAAUUGAUUGACAGCUUGCCGAAUGAUCUGAAACUUGAAGUUUCCACGGACAAUGCUUUGUUUGACGCAGAAAUGAUUAAGUGGGAUACUGACCAUCCAACCAUUGUGUAUGAACCUGAAAAGAAAACCUUUGUCAAUCUUCAUCUUCCUUGCAGUGAUAUGGAUUUGCUGGACAUGAUAUGUUAUAAAGGUCCGGUUGAUUUCGGUGUAUUAUGCAAACGACAUUAUGAGCAUGCAGCACGAUUUUUCGGACUGUUCAUGUUGAAAAGUGCCUUGAGUGCUUUGAAUAUAAUGGACGAAUUGUUUUUGGAGCGGGAUGAAAGUGCAUUUAGUCUGAUACAAGAGUUGCUUGCAAACCACAUGGAUCAUUAUGAAAAAGCACAGAAAAUGUCGAAUGUGCCUUAUGUUGACAGAUUAAUGUUCUUGAUCGAUUGGGCAUCAAUAUUCGGCAUACCAUUGAAUAACCCAGCAAGAUCGGUUUUCAUUUUACGAAUGAUAAUGAAUGUAGAUGCAGCGCAAUAUUCUAAUGUGAUAUCAACUUGCGAGAAAGUUGUUGAGAAGUUUGUUGGAGAUGAUCCGUCGUCAGAAAUCACUCUGAAUAAUACGCAUGUCCUCUAUGAAUUGUUUUGUCAAAUGAUAGCUGUGUUAAACGAUAUCGUCAAAAAAGUUGAUCUUUCUUCAAUCAAGCAGAGCAGGACUACCCUUUCUAUGGAUAUACAGCAAUCGCGUCUCCUCUGUGUUUCCAUUCGAAUGAUGGAGAGAAUUGAUAUGUAUGCGACCGUGAAGUCUUCUGACUUAGAGCAAAAGCUCUUUUUCUGUUUGGUGCACAAUGCCCUUCUUAUUAUUUAUGUCAUUAGGAUAAGUCAGCGUCUCGUUGACCAUAUUGGUAGUGAAUCGAAUGACAGUAUUUUGGCAAACAAUGAAAAUUUUUUGGAUAAGGAAUACAAAGCAAUGAUUGUUCGACUGCAUAGGAUGGGUAACGACGCCUCCGAAAAGACAAUCCAGUAUGUCGUUUCCAUGUGGAAUCAACUGCUAUCAAAUUCGAACGGUUUGCAGAGAGUGCCUUGGGUUUAUCAGAAAAUUUUGGAUGCAUCAGAACAGAAAACACCAUCAAAUAUGCCAGCACCAAAACUGAACGUGAAAGCAGGAAAUUCAGGAUAUGAUCUUUUCCUCUUAAGACAAGCUGUGAAUGCUAAUCUCGAAAUUAAAUGCCCAGAUGAUUUAAAUAUUUUAGUACGCACAGUAGUUCAAGGAAGAAGCAAUAUCACUGAUAAUGCAAGUAAUAAUUGA